AUGACGACAACCACGGAUUUCGGCCCUCUAACGACCAUUUUCUCUGCUCCAACGGGCUGUGCCACGGAGCAAUGGGUCGAGCGGGAGCCCAGCUCGACGAUACUCAGAUGGGGUGCUGGCUGCAAUGGUAAACAGGUCGGCUGGGACGCCAGCUGUUUCCCGUCUGGAUGGACGUCGGGGAACUCCACCAAGAUUCUGAAUAAAGCCUUCAAUCCGGGAUAUGCUUGUCCAUCUGGAUACGUCUCGCAUGCAAAUGCAACUGGCACGACGGCCACAAAACGGUUUCCAGAGUAUAUUGGGAGUAUAGGCACGGAUUCUCUAGCAAUUCUUUGCUGUCCCACUGGCUAUGACUGGAGCGGCGAGUAUUGCAGUGGCAAUCAAUUCCGACUUGUAACACGCAGCUAUCUUACCGUCGAAAGCAGCAAGUGCGUAACGACAUCAGCCCCCGCGUACAACGGCAACCACGGCCUCAACGGCAGCGUAGGCGGCGCAACCCUGCAAGGCACACCCAUCUUCCUCAUUCAAAAAAUCGGCGCGACCGAGGGUCUGUCAACGGGCGCGAAAAUCGCAAUUGGUGUUUGCGUUCCCCUUGGUAUCAUUAUCAUAGCGGCGGUAGCAUUUAUCUGGUGGCAUCGACGAAGGAAGGCACAGAAGACCCAAGGAGCUUACUCGUCGGUCCAAAACGCGGAGCAGAACUUGGAUCCAUACAAUGGUAAGCCAGAGCUUGAUGCGGGAAACGCGGUCAAACCAUAUAUGAAGCAGGAGCUUGAUGCGGGUAAUCAAGUUGGAGCUGGGCAACCCAAUGCACCCGCUGAGCUGCCAGCACUCGAGACACCAAAGACACCAGUGGCUGAACUAGCCGGAGGGAAUCAAAGCCCUGAUACACCUCAAGCCGAGUUGGGCGGCGAAGGAACGGUGGGAGGAACACUUCCUCCAAAGAGAAGCCCGGAUACGACAAGUCCUAGUGGAAGUCCUCGUGACAACUCAGAGCAGAGGUCCAGUUCUACUGGAAGAGAUGCAAACAAUUGA